AUGUUGGGCCGGGCGGCGAUCUCAGGGGCGUCGAGCCUGCUUCGCUAUAGCGCAAGAGGCCCCUUGUGCAGAUCCCAGUUAACCUCUUAUGUUCAAGGUCGAGAGAACCACUGGCAGUCUUCACUUCUGGCUCUCAGGGCAGCUCUACCCAUGAGAGCAGAACCAAAGAAAAAAAAGAGAGUGGAUCCCAGAAGAGAACAAGCCAUAAAGGAGCGGAUGAGAAAGAGGUUAAAAAAAUUGGAAAGAGCCCCACAGGAGCUGAUCCCUAUUGAAGACUUUAUUACACCAUACAGAUACAUGGAUGAAUCAAGGGUACGAGUUGCCUCUCCAUUGUCCUUUGAGGAGAGUGAAAGACGAGCCCUCCUGAUGAAGAAGUGGGCCGUGUACAAACAUCAGCAACACAAGGCUGAGAUGGAAACCAUCAAGUCCCUGGUGGAAGCCCAGGAACAGGCCCUGAAAGAGCUGCGCCUUGAAUCAGAGGAACUGUAUCAGGCGGCAAUCCGCCGAGACGACCGCCUGUUUCCUUUCGAGAGGCAGGAGCCUGUGUACACACCCCCACUGCCGAAAUACGAGGCUCCUGAAGGGAAAUGCAAUGACAUCACCAGAGUGUAUACCCAGUAAUGGGGGAAA